AAAGAGGACUGGAUUCCUGCUGGUGAUACAGUGCAAGCUUUAGUGCCCUCAAACAGGAUGACAGGCAUCUCCCCAGACCCUUCAGCUUUGGCUUUGAGUGAACAAGGCAGGGACCCUAGAGUGGAUCCUCUGAGGGUCCCAGGUGGUAUGUUAAGAGGGUAUGCUGAUGACCCGGAGCCUUUCAGGCAGAAGUUCAGGUGGUUUUGUUACUCACAGGAAGAAGGACCCAGAAAAACCCUGAGUCAACUCUGGGAACUCUGUAAGCAGUGGCUGAGACCAGACAUUCACACCAAAGAGCAGAUCUUAGAGCUGUUAGUGUUUGAGCAGUUCCUGAGGGUUUUGCCUGGAGAGAUGAGGAUUUGGGUGAAUUCUCAGCAUCCUGAGAGUAGUGUGGAAGUAGUGGCCCUGGUAGAAGAUUUGAACCAAACACUUAAAGAAAAGGAAGAUCUUAGCACUCAGACUUCUGCAGUUUGCAAAGAGGAGGAUUUGGGAGAAGAUGCGAUGGUGGUGGCUCCUCCAGACACUGAGCCACGUGAAUCCGUAACAUUUGAGGAUGUGUCCGUGGACUUCACCAGAGGGGAGUGGAGGCUGCUGGAACCGUCUCAGAGGGAGCUAUAUAAGGAAGUGCUACUGGAAAACUUAGGGACCCUCGAAUUUCUGGGUUCUCCAGUUUCCAAAUUUGACUUAAUUUCCCAUCUGAAGUGGGUAAAGUUGCCGAGGGUACUGGAAAAAGAAAUCUCAAAAGACCCCAGACCAGGAGAGCUGGUAAAAGAGAGUGAGUCUAGACGUGAGUUGGAUGCUUUUAUAGAAGAGUUGACUAUAGAGAAAACAGUAGAGUGCUGCUUCAGUGAUGGUGGGUAUGGCUUGAAGACAGAAUUCCAGAAGCGGCAUGGCAAACCCAAGAAAGAUCAUGGCAAGCGGGGUAGCCAUGAGAGUAGAGAGUCGGAGUUAGAAGGGACCUCCUCUGGGAAGAAUGCCAAGCAGAUUUCCAACGCACUCAAACAUCGGAAAGCCUUCUUAACAAAGAUGUCUCAGAGGUCUAAGGAAGGCAAGAAAGCCUUCAGCUUUCGUUCAGCUCUUGUGAACCGCAGAGAGCUCUGUGCAGAAAAGUCUAGGAAAUGCAGUGAACGUGGGAAGAGUCGCCCUCUAUCUCUUAGUGAAAGUAAGAGACAUCCUAAAAUUGGUUCGUUGAGUAAGGCCGAGACUUGUAGUAAGUGUGGGGUAGCCUUUACUCAAAUCUUAGGGAAUUGUAUUGAAAGCUCUCAGUGUGAAAAAUGCCGGAAGAAUUUAUUUCAAGAUGAAGCCUCAAAAGACAAGGAACCUGUCCCUGAAGAACCCAGGAAGUGUAGGAAGUGCGGUAAAGCCUUUGAGCACCCUAAGAAACACUCCAUGUGUAUCGAAUGUAGAAAUGCUCAGAAAGCUAACUCCUCACGCGAGCCUCAGGAAAAAACUAACGGAAAAGAAAAGCCUUACAAGUGUGAUGAAUGUGGGAAACAUUUUGCCGAUUUAUCCUUUCUCAAUCAGCAUCAAAGAACCCAUACUGGAGAGAAGCCCUUCCUGUGCAAACACUGUGGAAGACCUUUUAACGACAACUCGUCAUUUUAUCAACACCUGAGAAUUCACACUGGAGAGAAACCAUAUGAGUGUAAGGAAUGUGGGAAAUCCUUCACUCUUAACUCUUCUCUUUCAAAACAUCAGAGGAUACACACUGGAGAGAAGCCCUAUAAGUGUAAAGAGUGUGGAAAGGCCUUUAGACAGAAUUCUUGCCUUAAACGGCAUCAGAAGAUCCAUACUGGAGAAAAACCAUUUUUGUGUAAGGACUGUGGAUUGUCUUUCCGCCUUUUUAGCAGUAUCAUGUAUCAUCAGAGACUCCAUGCAGGAGAGAAACCCUAUAAAUGUACCCACUGUGAGAAAGGUUUCCCCUCUCAUUCCCGCCUUACUCGGCAUUUGAGAUGUCACACUGGUGUGAAACCAUACAAAUGUAAAGAAUGUGGGAAAACUUUCAGACAGAGUUCAUCGCUUAAUUUACAUAUCCGAACUCAUACUGGAGAGAAGCCCUACGAAUGCAAUUACUGUGGAGCAGCCUUUACUCGGAGCACAAUCCUUAUUAAACAUGUCAAAACCCACACUAAGGCACAGUAUGAAUGUAAGAAGUGUGGUAAGACAUUUAAAGACCGUUCAACCAGUCUCAAACAUCGCUGUACACAGUGAUCCUGGGAAGGAGGACUUGGGGGAUGGGGAGGUUAAUUCAAAUUGUGCUCUUAUUUAAAAGCUUGCAUUGUAAACUACCCACCGCAUUGAUUAGAAGCUUCAGCUUUGAGGGGUUCCAUCCUUCUUGAGGGUGGUCAGUUUUGAUUGGACCUGGUAAAGUCAUGUUGACGUGAAGAAAGCAUGUGAAGUGAAAUGAUUUUGAGAAGCCAAGUUUAAGUUUCCUUUCAGGAAUUCUCCUUUUGGUCUCCCUUUCACUACCAUCCUGGAAAAGACUCUCAUAGCCUGGGUUCUAUCCCAGUCUGCCAGCCAAUCACUGUGUCACCUUAAACAAGUCAUUUGGACCCUCUGAAUAUUAGUUUCUUUACCAGUAGAGUUGAAGAGAUGAAGA